AACACUUUAUAGAAAUGCCAUUCAAAAAUAGUUACCUGAUAUUAUUCUCUAUACACUUCUUACUUCAGAAGAUCAGAAUUUUCUUUUCUUGUUGCCCUCCUUCGGUGAGAAUGGCAAGGAUUCGGAUUCCUAGCACAGUAGUUAUCAUUUUUGUCACAGUUCAGACUGGAUUCUUACUCUUCAUGUAUGCCCGGUACAGUAGCUUCAUGCCUCAGUCUGAGGAGAAACCAUCACAAGUCCACAUACUUAUUCUCUCCUCCUGGCGGUCGGGAUCUUCUUUUGUCGGUCAGCUUUUCAGCCAGCACCCCAGCGUCUUCUACCUGAUGGAGCCUGCAUGGCACGUGUGGGUUACAAUGUACCAGAACAGUGCCAAAGUCUUACACAUGGCAGUGCGGGACUUAGUCAGGUCGGUCUUUCUGUGUGACAUGUCUGUGUUUGAUGCUUACAUGCCUUGGAAAAGAAACUUAUCCGAUCUUUUCCAGUGGGCAGCAAGUCGGGCUCUGUGUUCAGCUCCUGCUUGUGACUCUUUUCAACGUACUGACAUAACCAGUGAAUUGGCAUGCAAGACUCUUUGUGGACGGUAUCCAUUCAGCAAGGUGGAGGAAGCCUGUAAAACUUACAGCCAUGUUGUCAUCAAGGAAGUUCGAUUCUUUGACUUGAAAGUCCUAUAUCCCCUUCUCACUGAUCCCUCCCUGAAUCUCAAAAUUAUUCACCUGGUCCGUGACCCCAGGGCAGUCGUUAAGUCACGGGAACAAUCGGUCAAAGCGUUAGCCCGAGACAACGGAAUUGUCUUGAGUACCAAUGGCACUAAAGUGGAAGAUAGCAAAUACAAAGUAAUGCAAGAGGUAUGUAGAAGUCAUGUUCAGAUUUAUGAAACAGCUUCUCUAAAACCACCUAAUUUCCUGAAAGAUCGCUAUUUAAUGGUCCGUUUUGAAGAUCUGGUAAGAGAUCCAUUUUCAGAAAUUUCAGAAAUGUAUAAAUUUGCAGAUCUUAGUUUGACUCCCAGGCUCAAAAGCUGGAUCUAUAAUAUCACACAUGGACAGGGACCAGGAAAAAAAAAAGAAGCCUUCAAAAUAACAUCUCGAGAUGCAGUCAGUGUUUCACAGGCCUGGAGAAAUGUUCUUUCCUUUCAGAAAGUUAAGAAAAUACAGGAAGUUUGCAAAGGUGCUAUAAACAUUCUUGGUUAUCAGCUGGUGGAUUCAGAAAAAGAACAAAGAGAUCUGACAUUGGAUUUGGUGUUGCCAAGACGACAAAAUCAAUUCAGUUGGUCAUCAUUUAAUCCAAAGCACUGAGACGUUUCUGAGAGAUCUGGGGAGGUGGAGCAGGGUAGUUGUUUGGAUAUUUCUGUACUGUGCAGCAACAUAGUAGUUGGAAAACCCAUGGCUGAUGGCUUUAUCUUUUUGUCUACUCCUUUUCUGCUAAUGUAAGGGUUUUUUUCCUUGAGUUUUUUACAUUAAAAAAAAGACAGCAUGAUACCUGCCUAUUACUGUGCUGCUCACAGCAUUGUUUUAGGAAUAUAAUUUAGCACUUUCUAUUAAGAGAUGGAUUCUCAAAGAUGUCUUUGUUUAUUGAUAAUAGUUCACUUCUUUUUUUCAUGCUUUAAUUAUUUAAGAAUUAUAGUUCUUUAUUUGUAUAUAUGGAACAAAGUAGAUAUUAAAUUCCUUCACUUGACUUUCUUCUUUAAAGCUGUUGUGCAAUUGUGUAUUUUUUUAAACUUCUUUUGAUGUUUUAAAUUUUAGCAUAUAAAUUUUCCAAAUGGUGGGGCAACUGCAGCAGCUGUGUUGUAAAAGGCUUAAACGGGGACUUCAUUUAUUGAUAGAUUUCAUAAUGGUUUCCUUGGAAUGGCAAUGUUUUCAAUCAAAUACUUCAAUGUGAUGUUUGCUUGCAGUGCUAAAAACAAAGCAUAUGAAGAAACUUUCAGUGGAGUCACAGUGAAAAUAGCGUUUUAAUUCUUUCCCUAUUGUGCUGUAAUACUGUGACACAGAAUAAAUACGCACUUGCUCCUGCACGCAA